UAGUAUAGAGACCUCUGGCAUCCAUCGGGGAUGAAGAUGAGUUUCAUCAACGCCGUCCUUUUCUUUGCUUCCUUCAUAUCCCUCUCCGCUCUUAUGUCCCCCCCAUCACCUGUGUUGGGUCAAACCACUCCUCCAUCAGCGACGCCGUUACCUGCUCUGUCUUCUCCUCCGCCGCUCAAGCAGGCGUCUCCUCCCGUCAAGACAUACCCCCCGCCGUCCCCUGUUCCUGUUCCCGUGAAGGCGCCGUCUACCCCCCCUCCGCCCCUGUCUCCCGUCAGGACGCCACCCCCCUCUCUGCCCACACCCCUUCCGUCCCCGGUCAAGAAAUACCCUCCGCCACCGUCAACCCCGGUCCCUGCAGCGAGUCCGCCUCCACCGUCUCCUUCUUCUCCUCCUCCUACAAUUGCUCCGUCACCUCAUUUCCCACCACCUAGAAACACGCAAGAACGUGUGCCUGAGGGCGUGCACGACGUGCUGUCUGCGGUGUAAGUGCGUGCCGCCGGGACAGUACGGCAACAAGGAGAUGUGCGGCAGCUGCUACGCCAACAUGACCACCCGCGGCGGCAGGCCCAAGUGCCCCUAAAAAUUAAAUUUAUUUAGUUACAGUACUUCGCUGUCAGUCCACCUUUAAUUUGUUUCUCCAUGGUUCACGUUUUUUACCCCCAUGCACCCACCUUUUGUUUCACCUGUCUGUAACUCCUAUGGGACGGAUUUGAUUCAUUAAUGAUCAAGCUGGAUCUACACCUACCUCAUCUUUUCAUACCUAAUGUAUUUUUUUUUAGUUUCAUUUAAUUCAUUACUCUCUUCGUCCUAUAAUGAUCUUUCCGGGCGGCGUAUCUCAAUUGGUCAAUUAGACACAGAUAGAAUGAGACUCAUCUUCGAGGAUCCACCAAACCCGAUUGCACGGCUGCGCACUAUCCACCAGCAUCAAUUAGACACGAAAAUGAUAGAACUACGUUGGGUUCGGGGUCAACUAAUUGAUAAAAGUCCGGUCAUCUCUCCCAAUUCUCAAUCCCAGAGAGGAGAGAGGAAGUGCCAUUUUUAGAUUAUUCAAUUCCUCUGCAAAACACCCAUUCCCGGCCCAUCAUCAAUGGCCUUCACAUUCCCACUCUUUCUCCUCUUCCUAUCUCUCGCCGCCUCUGCACUCACUCCCUCCUUCUCUCAGCGCCGCCCCCACCAGCCGCCGCCGCAGCAGCUUUACCCCGACUACUACCGCCGCAGCUGCCCCUCGUUCAAUUGGAUCAUGGAAGACAAAACCACCAAAAAACAGAUCGAGUCCCCCACCACCGCCGCCGCCGCCCUCCGCCUCUCCUUCCACGACUGCUUCGUCGGCGGCUGCGACGCCUCCAUCCUCGUCUCCUCCACCCACUCCAACAGGGCGGAGCGCGACGCCGACAUCAACCUCUCCCUCCCGGGCGACGGAUUCGAUGUGGUGGUCCGCGCCAAGACCGCGCUUGAGCUCGCCUGCCCCGGCGUCGUAUCCUGCGCCGACAUCCUCGCAGUCGCGACCCGGAACCUCGUCGUCCAAACCGGCGGCCCGUACUACACCGUUCUAUUGGGCCGGAGAGACGGGCUGGUGUCGAGCGCAGCCCACGUAGAGGGGAAUCUUCCUCGGCCCACGAUGCCUAUGGCCCAAAUCAUCGAGAUUUUCCGGUCCAGAAACUUCUCGAUCCAGGAAAUGGUGGCCCUCACCGGGGCACACACGAUCGGGUUCUCCCACUGCAAAGAGUUCAGCUCCAACAUCUACCUCCACUCCGGGCCAACCCGAUCCGACCCGUCGUACAACCCGCAAUUCGCGGAGCAACUGAGAAACGCCUGCGCGAAUUACACGCGCGACCCGACUCUAUCGGUGGCCAACGACGUGAUGACGCCGGGCAGGUUCGACAACGUGUACUACCAGAACUUGCCGAGGGGAUUGGGGCUGUUGUCGUCCGACCACGCGCUGCAUUCGGAUCCGAGAACCAGGCCGUUCGUGGAGCUAUACGGCCGGAACCAGACGGCGUUCUUUGAGGCUUUCGGCCGGGCGAUGGAGAAGCUCAGUGCUUACGGCGCCAAGACUGGCCGGGACGGCGAGAUUCGACGGAGGUGCGAUGCGUUCAACAAUCCGGCGGCGAUGGUUUGAGGAUGGAUCAUGUUAAGUUGGAAUAUGUAUGUUAUGUAUUCAGUGUAAACCCUUUUUUCAUUUGCGGCAUAUUGAAUUUGUACCAUGAUUAUAGUACUCCGUAAUUAGUACUGAACCUGAAAAAGUACUGAAUCGAGGUCUCUGAACCAUUAAGUACUGAACCAAUAAAAGGUCUGAACCAUUAAAAGCUAGUAUAUUGUUUAACUACUCAGAGGCAAAUGAAGCCAUUGCCAAAACUCCGAUUGCCGCCGGCUAGAUUUUCUCCCCUUCCGAUGCGAUGCCUGCCACUGCGUUUUCUGCCUGGAGCACAGAU